AUGUCUCGUCCACAAGUUACCGUUCAAUCUUUGACUGGUGAAGCUACCUCUUCAUCUGUCCCAUUGCCAGCUGUCUUUGCUGCUCCAAUCCGUCCAGACUUGGUCCACAGUGUCUUUGUCUCUGUUAACAAGAACAAGAGACAAGCUUACGCUGUUUCCGAGAAGGCUGGUCACCAAACUUCUGCCGAAUCCUGGGGUACUGGUCGUGCUGUUGCCCGUAUUCCAAGAGUUGGUGGUGGUGGUACCCACAGAUCUGGUCAAGCUGCUUUCGGUAACAUGUGUCGUGGUGGUCGUAUGUUCGCUCCAACUAAGACCUGGAGAAAGUGGAACGUCAAGGUUAACCAAAACGAGAAGCGUUACGCUACCGCUUCUGCCAUUGCUGCUUCCGCUGUCGCUUCUUUGGUCUUGGCUAGAGGUCACAGAGUUGAAAAGAUUCCAGAAAUUCCAUUGGUUGUUUCCAAGGACUUGGAAUCCAUCAAGAAGACCAAGGAGGCUGUUGCUGCUUUGAAGGCCGUCGGUGCUGGUGCUGACUUGUUGAAGGUCAUCAAGUCCAAGAAGAUGAGAGCCGGUAAGGGUAAGUACAGAAACAGAAGAUGGACUCAAAGAAGAGGUCCAUUGGUUGUCUACGCUGAAGACAACGGUAUCGUCAAGGCCUUGAGAAACGUUCCAGGUGUCGAAACUGUUCCAGUUACCGCUUUGAACUUGUUGCAAUUGGCUCCAGGUGCUCACUUGGGUAGAUUCGUUAUCUGGACUGAAGCUGCUUUCGCUAAGUUGGACCAAGUCUGGGGUUCCGAAACCGUUGCCUCCUCCAAGACUGGUUACUCUUUGCCAUCCAACAUUGUUGCCACCACUGACAUCACCAGAAUCAUCAACUCCUCUGAAAUUCAAGCUGCUGUCAGACCAGCUGGUCAACCAUCUCAAAAGCGUACUCACGUUUUGAAGAAGAACCCAUUGAAGAACAAGCAAGUCUUGUUGAGAUUGAACCCAUACGCUAAGGUCUUCGCUGCCGAAAAGUUGGGCUCCAAGAAGGCUGCUAAGUCUUCCACCAAGCCAUCCGCUGUCUUCACUGAAACUUUGAAGCACGAUUAA